GAGACACACAGAACCGAACACAAAGCCUUCCUCUUUAUUAUAUUGUCUAAACUCCAGAUCUCUAUCUUUGGCCACACGUCCAUUCUCACCUCAGAUACUCUCUACUUGUAUAUAAUAUAAUAUACACACACAUACUCAACAGAGCUGACACUUCUUCUUCUUGAUAUUGAUUGGUUGAGUUUUGCAAGCUUUUUCAUGAACUAAACCAAGUUCAUGUUAUUCUCAUCACUUCUUGCAUAACCCCUUUUAACCAUGAAUUCUUGGAAUGUUUGUAUCUUUACUUACAAAAAGAUGAUACUAACUUAUAGAAGGAAAUAAGCCCUUUUCUUGGUUGAUGAGUUGGGUAUUUGAUACAUGGUUUGAGUGAAUUAUGGUGGUGAUUUGAAAAGGGUUUAUCAAAGAUUUGAUCUUUUUGGUUUGGGAGUGAGGAAAAGUGUAAAUACAUUGAGUUUUGUUUAUACUGAAGUUGAUUCUGUGAUUGUUUUUUUUGUUUUUGUUUCUGUGAAGAAAUGGCAUCAGGGAGCAGCAAAGCAUCAACACAUUCACCUAUGAAGCAGAAUGAGAGCCAGACUUCUGGUCAGGAUCAAGGUCAGUUUUCAGGGACUCGAAAUGUGAGGGAGACAGUUAGUAAAGCAGUGGCUCAGUAUACUACAGAUGCUAGGCUUCAUGCUGUGUAUGAGCAAUCUGGAGAGUCUGGUAAAUCUUUCGAUUAUUCGCAGUCUAUUAGAACUGAUAAUGAUUCUGUACCUGAACAACAAAUUGUUGCAUAUUUGUCUAAAAUACAAAGAGGGGGUCUUAUUCAGCCUUUUGGUUGUAUGGUUGCUGUUAAUGAGUCUACUUUUCAAGUUAUUGGUUAUAGUGAAAAUGCAAGAGAUAUGCUUUGUCACUCCCCACAAUCAGUCCCUAAUAUUGAGAAACCGGAGUUUAUUAGAAUUGGAGUGGAUGUGAGAACGCUUUUCACUCCUACGGGGGCAGCUUCGUUGGAAAGGUCUUUUAGGGCUCGUGAAAUUGCGUUGUUGAACCCAAUUUGGAUUUAUUGUAAGAAUUCUAGAAAACCAUUUUAUGCAAUUUUACAUAGGAUUGAUGUUGGGAUUGUAAUUGACUUGGAGCCUGCAAGGACAGAGGAUCCUGCUCUGUCAAUUGCGGGGGCUGUGCAGUCACAGAAGCUAGCUGUGCGUGCAAUUUCACAUCUGCAGUCACUUCCAAGUGGAGAUAUCAAGCUUCUAUGUGAUGCUGUUGUUCACAAUGUGAAGCAGCUUACUGGAUAUGAUAGGGUCAUGGUUUAUAAGUUUCAUGAGGAUGAACACGGUGAAGUACUGGCCGAGAGCAGGAGGCCAGAUUUGGAUCCUUAUCUUGGAUUACACUAUCCUGCAACUGACAUUCCUCAGGCUUCUAGGUUUCUGUUUCAGCAAAAUCGGGUUAGGAUGAUUGUGGAUUGUCAUGCCACAUCAGUUCCCGUAAUCCAGGAUGAUUCACUUAUGCAACCAUUGUGUUUGGUUGGUUCAACUCUUAGGGCUCCUCAUGGUUGCCAUGCUCAGUACAUGGCUAACAUGGGAUCAAUUGCGUCAUUGGCUAUGGCAGUUAUUGUCAAUGCGACUGGUGAGGAAGGUACGCGGGGGAGGAACUCUACCAGACUAUGGGGAUUAGUUGUUUGCCAUCACACGUCUGCUAGAAGCAUCCCAUUCCCACUCCGCUAUGCUUGUGAAUUUUUAAUGCAGGCAUUUGCACUCCAACUCAAUAUGGAAUUGCGACUGGCAUCCCAAAUGUUGGAGAAACAUGUCCUAAGAACCCAAACCUUGUUGUGUGACAUGCUCCUUCGAGAUUCACCUACCGGCAUUGUGACAACAAGUCCUAGUAUUAUGGACCUUGUGAAGUGUGACGGUGCUGCACUUUACUACCAAGGGAAGUACUGUCCAUUAGGCGUGACCCCAACUGAAGUUCAGAUAAAGGAUAUUGUAGAGUGGUUAUUGGCUUUCCAUGGGGAUUCAACUGGGUUGAGCACUGAUAGUUUGGUUGAUGCUGGAUAUCCGGGCGCAGCAUCACUUGGAAAUGAAGUUUGUGGGAUGGCUGUUGCUUAUAUCACCUCGAGGGAUUUUUUGUUCUGGUUUCGGUCUCACACGGAGAAGGAGAUCAAAUGGGGUGGUGCAAAGCAUCAUCCAGAGGACAAAGACGAUGGUCAGAUGAUGCACCCACGCUCAUCAUUCAAGGCAUUUUUGGAAGUGGUAAAGGGCCGUAGUUUACCCUGGGAGAAUGCUGAAAUGGAUGCAAUCCAUUCUUUGCGUCUUAUUCUACGAGACUCAUUUAAUAAUGCGGAGGAGAGUAAUCCUAAGACAACUGCACUUGCUAAGGUGGAAACCACUGAGUUGCAAACUAUUAAUGAGCUCAGUUCAGUUACUAGAGAGAUGGUUAGACUGAUAGAAACUGCAACAGCUCCCAUAUUUGCGGUGGAUAUUGAGGGCCGCAUAAAUGGGUGGAAUGCAAAGAUUGCUGAAUUGACAGGUUUGUCAGUUGCGGAAGCAAUGGGAAGGUCCUUGGUUCAUGAUCUUGCUUAUAAGGAAUCAGCGGAAACUGUUCACAACCUGUUGCAUAAUGCAUUAAGAGGUGAAGAAGAGAAGAAUAUUGAGAUAAAAUUGAAGACAGUCAAUGGGGAAACAGAUAGUGCCAUCUUUCUUAUAGUGAAUGCUUGUUCUAGCAAAGACUACACAGAAAAUAUAGUUGGGGUGUGCUUUGUUGGUCAGGACGUUACUGUUCAGAAAGUGGUUAUGGACAAAUUUAUUAACAUACAAGGCGAUUACAAGGCUAUUGUUCAUAGUCCGAACCCUCUGAUUCCGCCUAUAUUUGCUUCAGAUGAGAAUACGUGUUGCUCAGAGUGGAACAGGGCAAUGGAAAAACUCACUGGUUUGGGCAGAGAGGAUGUCAUCGGGAAGGUGCUGGUCGGGGAUGUUUUUGGCAGCAGUUGUCGGCUGAAGGGCCCAGAUGCUCUUACAAAAUUCAUGAUCAUCCUGCAUAGUGCAAUAGGUGGACAGGAAACAGAUAAAUACCCUUUUUCCUUCUUUGACCAGAGCGGAAAGUUCGUGCAAGCUCUUCUGACUGCACAUAAGAGGGUUAAUAUGCAAGGCCAGGUCAUAGGAGCUUUCUGUUUCCUGCAGAUAGCAAGUCCAGAGCUGCAGCAAGCUUUAGAAGUGCAGAGGCAACAUGAAAAUAAAUCGUAUGGAAGAAUGAAAGAAUUGGCUUACAUAUGCCAAGAAAUAAAGAAACCCCUUAGCGGCAUACGAUUUACUAAUUCUCUUCUUGAAGCCACGAAUUUGACUGAAGAUCAGAAACAGUUUCUUGAGACUAGUGCUGCCUGUGAGAAACAGAUGUUAAAGAUUAUAAAGGAUGUCAAUCUGGAGCAGGUUGACGACAGUUCUUUAGAGCUUGAAAAGGCAGACUUCUUGCUUGGUGGUGUCAUAGAUGCUGUUGUUAGUCAAGGAAUGUUAAUGCUGAGGGAAAAAGGUCUGCAACUAAUUUGUGAUAUUCCAGAGGAAAUCAAAACACUAUGUGUUUAUGGUGAUCAAAUAAGAAUACAACAGGUCUUAGCAAAUUUUCUGUUGCAUAUGGUGCGUCAUUCCCCAUCUCCACAAGGUUGGGUAGAAAUUAAACUUCAGAUUAGUUUGAAGCAGAUAUCUAAUGGAGUUACCAGUAUGCGCAGCGAAUUUAGGAUUGUCUGCCCUGGUGAAGGCCUUCCAUCCGAACUGAUUCAAGACAUGUUUAACAGCAGUGCGUGGGUGACUCAAGAAGGUCUAGGAUUAAGCAUGUCCAGGAAAAUCUUAAAGCUUAUGGAUGGCGAUGUUCAAUAUAUCAGAGAGGGAGAAAGAUGCUACUUUCAUAUAAUUUUAGAACUUCCUGUAAGUCAAAAUAGUUCUGGUAAUGUUGGAUAGGUUCCUGAAUCAUCCCAUUAUUUAGUUCGGAUAAAAUCCUCUAACAAGGUAUGACUGCAGCCUCCCACAAUGCAAAGCUCUUCUAAUGUAAUGUGCAAGUCAUUCAAACAAGUAUUCACUUGCUUGCAGAAGAGCAAAGUUUCAACAAUUUAGGAAACAAAAUUUAAUAUAGGCUAAGCUUUUAUCAAGUCCAUACGAGGAACUGUUUACAACCAAGUAGAGAUCCAGUAAUUGCAUCUGCAAUUCUUUGCCCCAUUGUGUAAUAAGGCUAUUAUGCUCCAACUUAUUUACCAUUUAAUGGUGAGUGUUUUGAAGUUCCCAACUAACAAGUAACUCUGUUUUUUUCUAAUGUAGCAGAUCUUAUUAAAGUUCCAGUUUACUUUGUUGCUGA